AAUGAAUAAAAAUUUAACAUGACAAUCUGAUUCUUUGUAAUUAUUUUGAAUUAAUUGUAAGAACUAGGCUCAUAGUUUAUGUUAAUGAAAGUGUUAGUCAGCCACCACUGAAGUAGAGGAACUUAGAUUUUUUUAUUAUUAUAUAAUAUUAUUAUAUAUUUUGUCUUUUACAGAAUGCAGACAAUGGCCAGAAGUGUGGUAUGGUCAAGAGGGAGAAUGCUGGAUCCUGGUGAAAUGACAUGCUGGACCAGGUAUCUGAGUUUCUGGAUCAUUUGGAAACAUUGACUCAGCAGCACGUUCCCCAGGGCUAUAGUGCUCCCUUGGUAGGGGGCUCAUCUGGCCGUCCACGAUUCUCCAUAACCGAAGAACAGUUGCGUUUUCUGAUAGAAUAUAACUUUUCUACAAGACAAAUGGCGGAAAUCUUGUGUGUGUCCAGGCGAACUGUGAAACGUCGUUUAAGGUGGAGGAUUGUCAUACAUGGUGGGAUUGACGGGUACAGCAGGCUUGUUGUAUUCUUAAAAGCUUCUUCCAACAAUCGCAGUGACACAGUUUUCCAGAGUUUUGUAGAAGCCAUUGGCCAAUAUGGUUUACCUUCAAGAGUCCGCUGUGAUAAUGGAGGGGAGAAUAAUGCAGUCUGCCUAUUUAUGAAUGUCUCGGGAUUCACCAGAGGAAGUGCUCUAAGAGGAAGGAGCACACACAACCAGAGAUUGAUUGAGAGAUUGUGGCGGGACGUUUGGUGCGGCAUCUCCAAUACUUACUAUGCCUUAUUCAUGCUUUUGGAAAGUGAAGAUGAGGAGCCUGUUGCAGAUGUAAACAUCCCUCCAGCUUCAGAAGAAGUUACACCCCAAGCUUUUCACACAAUUUUCCACUGGCCAGAAUCUGUUGAGGUUCCUGCCAACCACUUCAACAUUCAAGCCGGAGUAAUGGGACAACUUGUGCAGCAGGUCAACCCUCUUGGUGGAAGACAUGAUGAUUUAGGAACUGAUCUUUUGGAGCAAGUUAUUAACUUCCUUGGAAAUAUUCCUCAACCCAUAUAG